CCCACAACGAGAACGACGUGUGCUCUCUCGUAAUACUUCCUCGCAUUCGCUUCUACACUCAACACGAAUAGAACUUAUCAUUACCAUUAACAGAAGCGAAAUAAUCAUCGAGAAUAAGUGGCAAUUAAAUUCAAGGACUACAACUAUAACAAUUGUUGUAAUAAAUUAUUUGCUCAUUGUCCUUAAUCGCUCUAUUGACUGAUUAAUUCCAUGAUUUACGGUGGGAUUGUGAUGAAUAAGCAUUUAAAUAUUAUAUUGAAAUAUGUAUUUGUCGUCGGAGUCAUUUUACAUUGAAGUGAUAAAGUAGAAAAUAGUGAAAAAUGUGAUUUGAAUUUCCACGUGUAUUCACAUGGUGUUCAGACGUGUAAUACUCAAGAACCACUGAUUCCAGUGAAUGAACGUGUCUUACGAUCGACCUUUCGCCUAGAGAACAUCACACAUUAUGCCUGACUCAAUUGUGUUAUCUAGAAAUAAAUGAAGAAAACAACAGGUACAUUAGUGUAACGAACAUUGUAUGCGCAAGUGAGUUCAAAAGUGCGCGCGAGUGAUUAGUAUACAUAUUCCAUUAUUUACUAGUCUUUUUCUUCUACUAGAAUACAAACAUGUUUCGAGUGAUGAAUUCGUUUUUCCUCCGGUCCUAAGAGAGCAGUGGGUUUACCUGUAAUGCAAUUUACCAUCAACGACAGAGUCAUGCGAUUAUUCAUAAAUUUCUGGAUAAACCAAAUGCGUAUGGAGAUGCCGUUCGAGAAACGAUUUUCCACCCAUUUAGUGGUGAUUAGUUGUCAAUUGAUCCGGAUGAGUUGCUGAUGGAAUUGAAAUAAUCUAACAGUUUUCAUCACUGUACUAUGAAUUCGCUGAUGGAUGUACUCAAUGGUGUCAACGGAUUAUUUGCCCUGCAUAUUAUUUCCGCAGAAGUAGAGAAAGUAAAGUGAGCCGUAUGAAAUUUACGACCUAUUCAUGGAAAUAUUGAUGUGCAAUUUGAAAUUGAAAUGAUAUUACUCCCUCUUAAUACACGUAAUGGAAAACUAUUGUAAGUAGUAUUCAAUAAGAAGGACGUUCUAUCUCCGGGCUUAUGUUGGAAAGAUAUUGAUAUAAUAUACAUAUACGAAAAGGAGAGGAAAAAAAAGAAGAGAACUCAUACAUUGGGGUAUACAUUACCGUCACCCGUGAUACACUCUGGUUCGGAGGAUCUGAACGUGAAAUGUACUGGAAAGGAUGUGCCACAAAGUCACUGCAAAGGAAUUUACGAGUAGAGUUGAGCUACCGGAAUGGAUCCAUAACCAUCGUCAUUGUUGCCAUUAUCAUUUUAACAGUUAUCGUAAAUGGCGCAUCCGGCUACAUAUCUAGAAAAAAUUUCAUCACAGACUUUUUACAAGAACAGCCAACUCCCGGAACGGGUCCCUACUUCGAUACCAGUGGUCCACAAAAUACAACGGGACUGGUAGGAAAAACUGUUGAGCUGAUCUGUCGUGUCAAAAAUCUUGGAAAUUUAACGGUGUCCUGGGUCAGACAUCGUGACAUUCACUUGUUGACAGUCGGACGUUAUACUUACACAAGUGACCAGAGAUUUGAAGCACUCCACACACCACAUUCUCAGGAGUGGAAGCUGAAAAUACGAUAUCCGCAGAGAAAGGACACGGGAAUAUAUGAAUGCCAGAUUUCAACGACACCACCCGUUGGAUACAAAGUUUAUUUGAAAAUCGUUGAACCAAUCACGGAUAUUACCGGUGGUCCAGACCUUUUCAUCAAUAAAGGAAGUACGAUAAAUUUAACGUGCCUCGUCAAGCACGCACCAGAACCACCAGCUACCAUCGUUUGGAGUCACAAUAGACAGGCAAUCAACUUUGAUUCACCCCGUGGUGGCAUAAGCCUGGUAACCGAGAAGGGUCAGAUAACAUCGAGUCGUUUGCUCAUUCAGAAAGCAAUACAAGAGGACUCAGGCCUUUAUACAUGUGCACCAAGUAAUGCAAGUCCUUCCAGUGUUCGUGUGCACAUAUUGAAUGAACACCCAGCGGCGAUGCAUCAUGGCGAUGGUGACAGGCAUACAGCUUCACUACUUCCGUUUAUUCUGCUCUCGCGAAUGUUAGUCCAGUUUAGGAUAUAUACAAGUUGAAUUCAAAUGGUGGCUGAUAACGGCGACCACGUACCGAACGAGAUACAAUCAAUGAGAUUGGAUUACUUUUCAAGAGAAAGAAAUGGAUGCCUGGUCGCAUUGACCACGCUAACAAAUGAUUCUAGAUAUCGUACAUUGAGAAAUGAGAGUGAAUUCAACCAAGUCAGUACCAUAAAUAAUAAAUGUCAACUCUCGACAAAAUUUAAGAUAAUUAUAAAGUUUUUUACAUCAUUUAAUAAUUGAGAUAUUAUCUGUUUAGGGUUGAUUCUAAUAUUCAUUGAGGAAGAAAAAUGAGUAAAUAAUUAUUAUUGUAAAUAGCUUGACAUGAAGAAAAUUGUUUCACAUAUCAAUUACAAUGAAUUAUUCGGCAAGAAUAAUUAACAUGCGUAUAAUAAUGAUCAGUUAUCUUUGUUGCUUGAUGGUGUAAACGAAAGUUGAAGCGCAUAAUGAAUUAUCGGUAAUUCUUAAUUGCCAUAUAUUUGGAAUGGGUAAACAAUGGAACGAAUUUUAGAUGAACGCAUCAAUGGCUAACAUUUUUAUACUGAAAAAGGGUAAUUAAAACGUCGUUGAAAUUAAGAAAGGUUUUCUUCUAUUGCUGCUAACUUAUUUUUGUCUUAUGCAUGUUUUUUCGAAGAAUUCAUUGAAAGUGAAAUAGGAAGAGUUGGAAUUGAUUUUAAGCAAGGGGGACCAUGACUCUUCAAGUAUAGAGAAUUUUCCAAAAUAUUGUACAGAUAUUUCUCGCUCGUUCCUAUGGACAAAUUAUGUAAUGUCCCUUGGAAGUUAAAUUAAAAAUUAAGAUUGAUUAAUGAGACGUGGAGGUACAAUAAAAGCUGAGCCAUCGGA